UCGAUCCCCGAGAUGUUCAGGCUAUUCUUACCAAUGAUCAAUUGGUACAACGCUAUUUCAAACAUGUCUUCGAACAAGGUGGCGAUCAAGAAGAAAACGCGUCCAAAUGAUAGUGAACUCUUUGAAGUGGCGAAAAGAAUCAGGCAUUGGAUAUCUCACUCCUGAUGACCUAAGCCAAAGCCUGAAGGAGCGGGGCUCCCUCUACUCGAAAAACUAUGACAUAGACGGCAAAAAGCUGCUUGUGUUUGACGUCAAGAAACACGUCAAAGGCAAGGAAAUACGGGAUGACAUCCGCAAGUUCUUCUUGUAUCAAGUAGAAAGAAUUGAAAGAGAAGAAAAUGGUGAUUUACUCACUCUUGUUUUCGAUUGUUCUGGAUGUGGCCUUAAGAACAUGGAUCUGGACUUCAUUCAAUACAUGAUUGGAGUCUUUAAAGACUACACACCAUGGAACCUGAAUUAUAUCCUAGUUUACGACAUGCCCUGGGUCUUGAAUGCGGCCUGGAAAGUCAUCAAGAGCUGGCUUCCUGCUUCGGCCGUGAAAAAGAUUAAGUUCUUGAACAAGCAAAACAUUGGUGAAUAUGUUAAUAGCAACCAAAGAUUCACUGCUUGGGGAGGAUCUGAUCCCUGGGAAUAUGAGUUCAUUUCUGGAGCCAAAGCAUGACACAAAAGCAAAGGAACCACACAAGUAGAACCAUCUCCGGCAGAUACUCCAUCACCACAUGAAAUUCCUAAUUACUGCUAUUUCCGUCAAGGGUGAACAUUUAGCGCAAUCACAAGUAAUUGAAAUUGUGAAGACCUCCCAACUGGAAGCCCAAUACCGUCUUCCAAAUGUACCGCACCCAAGGCGAAAGUCAUUUUGACCACCUUGAAUGGUGGUCUUCCAAAUGUGAUCCUCCCUCUAAUAUGUGGUUGAUUUAAUACCCUGUUUAUUUGUGCUGUCAGUUCCCACCUUUUGUGUGCGUGUGAGAAACCAUCUUGGUUUAACUUGAUUCAAGCAUCACUUUGAAAUCAAAUAAAAGAAGCUAUUUCAGAUGAAAAGAAAACAGAGGCAAUUAAGAACAAAAGGUACUUUUCAUUGAAGGGUUCCGUCAAUACA